AUGCAACUCAAAUCAGAAGCAGCAACGCUCGAACUCUUGUCCGCUCCGGUAGAAAGAGGUGGCACGAACAAGCUUAGCGACGUUCAGGUCGAUAUGACGUUACGUUGGAUGGAGGGUCGCGGUGUGGAGCGAGUUUGCAGAGCGGAAGAAAGAAUUCAUCGAUUCUGCUCUGAGCUCACCAGAUGUCUGGAACAUUUCGUGGGUCAAAGCAUUAUUGAGAAUCCGAUAUUAUGGUCCAGCCAGCUCUUCCAGGACCAGAAGGUAUCAUCCGGUCAUCUCAGUGGUAGAGUCAGUACACCAAACUCCGACAAUAGCGCAUUGGGACGACUUCGAUCGAUGUACGACAACAAGCUGUCUGGGCCGUAUGAGACUCAAAUGUCGCCUCAGUGGAGUCGAUUUCCCACUCCAUCUCGAACCACGAUACAUUCGAACUUUGCUCCCAGGAGCAUAAGUCCCAAGUCCAACUCGCAUGACUACUUUGGUUGUCGAAGCCCUACGCUUACCCACAAGUCGUCAGGUACAUUAUGGUCGACCUUCAGUACAGGGCCACAAUCUCCUUCCAGCGCUACGAGCUAUCCGUCAAGAGCUUUGUCUCCCAUGUCAACUGGACGACCGUUAUCUCGUCACUCUUGCUCGCUACAAACUCAAGCUUACUUUCUGGACGAGUUGAAGCAGAAUUUGACCAGCUUGUUGUUGAGUGAUUUCCACGACCUUUUCCGGUCCGGUAGCGAAACAGACAAAGCUAUGCGUAAGAUGAUCAAGCUCGGAUUACCCGUUAGAGACACUCUAGUAGAGGCUAUGGAAUACACACAUGAUGCUUCCCGCUCAUCAUUUAACUUUGGUCAGGUGUUUAGUAUGCUCUUGAGGCGUUUCGAGCUACAAGCGAGUCCCUAUGCCAAACUCGACAUACUUCUUGAGCUCCAAUCUAUGCUCAAAGCUCAUCAUGCGGACUGCAGGCAAGAAGAUAUUCCUGGCGCCUCACUACCCAACACCAGUCUGUUCACUCAAUGCAGACUCAGUCUCAGAAUCGACACUUCAAGCACUCCACGAACGUCGCUAGGUCAUAACAUCACCAUACUAAGCUUUCGUCAACUAUUCCAAAACCCGAGUCUACGGCCAAAGACACUGUUCCGCGACUUGCAGUACAUAGCCUCACUUGUACCUCUCCAUGUUCUCGACAGCACGCCUCGCGGCCGCGCCUUCUGGAACGCCACCAUUGCUGCCCUCGAUCUCAAAGAAGAACUCUGCCACAAUAUGAUCGAGACCGCCGAUCAGAUAAUCCACCACCACACCUUGAUGCGCGGACACUCACGUGUCACUUCUGCUGCACAAGCUCAACGCGACGCUGCCGCCUUCUCGCCACCCACGCCCACACCAUCCGAUCCCGGUGUCGCAGAUUUGAGUAUGAGUGAUGCAGCAACAUUGCUCCAACUUACAGCCAAAGAAGGCAUCCCCGCUGCUCAACGCGAACUUGCAACACUGUACCUUACGCAUCCAGAGUUACUUGGUAUCUGUGUGAGCCCGUUUUCAAAGACAAAGGAUGUAUUCAAGGAUGUGGAUAAGGAUCGAGAGGGUAUCAGUGAGAGGUAUAAUCCAAAGGCUAUGGCUGUUGCGCAGCAUUGGAUGGAGUUGAGUGCGAAGGGUGGAGAUGCGCCUGCGGCGAGGUACUUGAGGGCCAAGGAUGAGUGGAAAAGCCUACCUUGA